AUGACUUCGAAGCGUAGUUCACGAGUAUUCGUGGACGACGAAUCUACAUCCAGCAAGGAGAAGCAGCAAAAGAUCAACACACCAUUCCGAUCGAGCUCUCGCAACUCCGCCAAGGAGGACAAUAUGCAAGCCAAGGAAACCGAAGACGGUCUCACAAAUGCAGUCUCCAUCUGCGAUGCUAUAAAUAUUGCCCGCCCCCAGAGUGUCUCCGCCAUUAGCGUCAAGAGCUCUGUCUCAACAGCAUCGAGUGAAUCGAGUGGUCAGUCACAGCCGUCAGCACAUCCACCUGCGCCUCUCAAUGGCCGACCUCACAACUUUGGUGUCGUCGUUCCUGGUGUCUAUCGGAGCAGCUUCCCCAAGUCUCAUGACUUUGACUAUAUCAAGGGAUUGAAGCUCAAGACGAUUGUCUCCCUCGUCAAAAAGGAAGAGUUCGAUCAUGACCUCGAGAUGUUUGUCGCUCAAGAAGGCAUCCGACAGGUGGUUUUUAACAUGAAGGGCACCAAGAAGGAGGCCAUCCCCCUCAAGACGAUGAAGUCGAUUCUUAGCAUCGUUCUCAACAAGGAGAACUACCCUCUCCUGAUCCAUUGCAACCAUGGCAAGCACCGAACUGGAUGCGUCGUCGGAGUUGUCCGCAAGGUUGCCGGUUGGGAUGUUGACAACGUUGUUGCCGAGUACAAGAGCUACGCCGAACCAAAGUCACGCGAAUGCGACAUCGAGUAUCUGAGCUCUUUUCAAACCUCGACUCUUUGCGCCCCAAACGCCCUAGGGCCCAAGUACACCCGCUCUCAGAUGACCACAUUUUUUCGAACCCUCACAUUUUCCACCUUCGUCCUCCUACUCUGGCUUUUGUCCGGGACAAAGCUGAGCCACGCCUCAAGACCCGACCACCUCCUCUUGUAG